CCUGACUCUGCACGAACCACACAGCAUGGUUGUUGUCGGUUUCUUCUCUUUCGCCGACGAUUCUUGUUGACAUCGGGAAGAAGGAAGUUGUCCCGUCUUAGAUUGAUAAGACUGGAAUUAUUCAACCAAACUAACCAACACGGUGUGGACUCGUGCUGUUAGCUGGUUUCAUCAUGUUGAAGGUUGGCACCAGAGUUUGUCAUCAUUGCCAGCGGAGCCACACUUACUCGGCCCUCAUCCAUUCCCACAAGAAAACCACGUGGUCAUCGAAGCGAAUCCGCAAGACAUUCUUAGAUUAUUUCUGUGAAGAGAACGGCCAUCAGUUUGUGAAGUCAUCAUCUGUGAUCCCCACGAAGGCAGCUGGUACUUAUUUUACCAAUGCAGGAAUGAACCAAUUCAAACCGAUAUUCCUCGGAGACCGUAACAUCAGCAGUGAGAUGGCUCAUUACAAGACAGCUGCCAAUAGUCAAAGAUGCAUUCGGGUUGGUGGGAAACAUAAUGAUUUAAAUGAUGUUGGCAAAGAUCUUUACCACCACACCUUCUUUGAGAUGUUGGGCAAUUGGUCCUUCGGAGAUUAUUUUAAGAAAGAAGCAUGUCAUCUGGCCCUGAAAUUGCUGACUGAUGUCUACAGAAUCCCCUUGGAUCGACUUUAUUUCACUUAUUUUGCUGGUAAUAAACAUCUUUCUCUUUUGCCCGACUUGGAAACUAAAGAGAUUUGGCUUCAACUCAGGAUUCCAGCGGAGAGGAUUUUACCAUUUGAUGUGAAGGACAAUUUCUGGGAAAUGGGCAACACGGGGUCAUGUGGCCCUUGCACAGAAAUCCAUUAUGACCACAUUGGCCAUAGAGAUGCUGCUCAUUUGGUCAACACUGGAUCUUCGGAUGUUGUGGAAAUAUGGAAUCUGGUAUUCAUGGAGUACAAUCGAAUGACUGACCAAAGUUUGCAGAAACUCCCCAGACAACAUGUAGACACAGGGCUUGGACUGGAGCGGUUGUGUUCAGUUCUGUCUGGUUCCAAAGACAAUUACAGCUCAGAUUUGUUUCAAGGAAUAUUUAACAGAAUUCACAAGGCGAGUGGUUCUGCUCAGUAUAUCGGUAAGACUGGAACGGCGGAUGUUGGUGGCAGAGACGAGGCCUACAGGAUUGUGGCUGACCAUAUAAGGAUGUCAACAAUAGCCAUUGGUGAUGGCUUGUUACCUAGCAGGGAUGGCUUAGGACACAAACUGCGCCAUGUCAUCCACCGAGCCCUCCACCAGGCCCACACCAUCUUCCAGGCCCCAACUGGAUUCUUUGGCUCCUUGGUCAAUGAUGUCGCGGAAUCAUUGGAAGAAGUCUUCCCGGAAUGUUUCCAAGAUAAAACAAUGAUCCAAGAGAUUCUGGACCAAAGUGAGCGGCAUUACUUGGAGAUGUUACAGGAUGGUUACCAUUCUUUUGAGAGACUUCUCAACAAACUUGGUUCUCAACAGUUCACUGAUGAAAACAUCAUCCAGUUAGCUGAGGGCCGGUUCGGUCGACCGGUCCCUGUCGAUGUUCUGUGCAAUAUUGCAUGGGAGAGAGGUUACCAGGUGGACGUUGAUAAAAUUCAGGAAGACUUUUUAAAACGACAGCUUCAACCCAGUUUAGAGAAACCAGCUGUACCAAAUGUUCUGGAUCCUGACCUAAUAGCAAAGCUUCAGGAAUCUUCCAUUUUGACCACAGAUGACCACUACAAAUACCUCUACACCAGCACUAAUGGUGUUUACAGUUUUACCGAUGUCCCUGACAGCUGCGUGGUGGCUUUGAUCCAUAACAAUUCUUUGACUGAGAAGGUUUCUGCUGGAGACAAGUGUGCUAUUCUUUUGAACAAGACAUCUUUCUAUGCCGAGGCUGGAGGUCAACAGUCUGACCUGGGUCACAUUGUUGCAAAGAAGACAGGUGCGAAGUUCCAGGUAACCAGCGUACAACAGAUGCAGAAUUAUGUACUACACUUUGGCCAGGUGCAAGAAGGCAGUUUCAGGAAGCAGGAUUUGGUGGGCUUGCAACUGGAACAGGAUGUGAGACAAGGCUGUAUGUGCAACCACACGGCCACACAUUUAUUGAACUCUGCCUUGCAACAAAUCCUUACUUCUCAAGUCCGACAACUUGGUUCUUCUGUCACGGAACACAAAUUCACGUUCGAUUUCUCCUGCUUGGAAGAGAUGUCUGCUGAGAAGUUAAGCACCAUCGAGAAAAUGGUUCAGUCUGUGAUCAGGCACCAGCUGCCAGUUUACAGACAAGAACUUAAAAAGACGGAAGUUAUGGCACUGGACUGUGUCACCCACAACCCCAACGAGAUUUACCCUGACUAUGUCUCCCUAAUCAGUGUGGGGCUACCCAUCAAUGAACUGAGGUCAGUUCCGCCCUCUGAACAAUCUAAAUAUUCCCAGGAACUCUGUACCGGCACACAUGUCCACAACACGAGUGAUAUCGGCCAGUUUAUCAUCACCAACUUCUCUGGUGUAUCACACAGCACUAAGCGAAUGACAUGCAUUACAGGAAGACUGGCUGCUGAUGCCAUCAAGAACUUGUCUGAAAUCGAGAAACUAUUCGAACAGUUAAAGAUGUCUCUUGUAAAGAAAGAAGAUGGAGACAGUUUGGAGCAGCAGUUAAAGGCGAUCUAUGCAAUGUUGGGUAAACAACUCCUACCCAAGGUGAGUCGUGACAGGCUAAAGACCAACGUCACUUUAUUACAAGAGAAAAUCCGACAGAUAAGGAAUGCAGAUGCCAGUUCAAAUCUUGCUAUGGCCAUGAAGAAGAAACUGGAUGAGAAAGGGUCAGCCCAGUAUGUUAUAUGUCACACUGACUUUGAUGGACCUCGGCAGGUGAGAAAAGCCCUGAGGCACCUGCAUCUUACCUGCCCAAUUGUAGCUGUUUCUUCUCUCAAACAAAACCUGUCAGUUGCUAUAGUUACACCAAAGGACUGGAAUAGAGCAGUGAAUGCAUCUGCCAUUGGACAGCACCUGGGCCAAGUGUGUGGAGGAAAGGGUAAGAUCAGCAAAGAGGUAAAACCCGGUGACCCUCCGAUGUAUUUUAUCACAAUGAAGGGCUCCACCGACUUGGAAACUGUCCUGUCCGAAGCUAAUAAUUACCUACACAACAUCACUGUCGAAACCCAGGAAGAAUAUUUACGUUGACCCCCACCCAUGGACAUUAUUUUUAACAACGCCAACUUGGACACUGACCUGUUUAAAACUUGUAGCUAUUUUCCUAUAGGUCAAAUGGUUUAUUUGGCAGGGGGUAGUUGUGAGGUUAAUGAAGAGCAGUAAUGGUCAGGUCAAGAGAUCAAAACUUACUACAGUCAUUGUAUCAUGUUCUUGAGCAAGACACAUAACUCUACUUUCCCCAGUUUAUUUUACUGAACAAAUAAAAGUGCUGUGUUUCUA